UAUACCCGACUUGACUCAUCUCGACAAGGCACACACAUACGACAAGUAUUAACCCGCGCCUACCACCACACCACCCACAUUGAAUUUCAAAAAAUUUCAAUUCUACUCUUUUCAAAUACAUACAUCGCAACCGGAUCGCUCAUAACGGACAUUUCGCUCUCACUUUCGUCGCGCCUGUCUACGGCGAAAAGGCUCCUUGCCUUGGACAUUGGUUCACACCGUCAACUCACAACCCUACCGUUGAUCGACAAUUCCCCGGCCACCCAGCGCCGCCCAAUAACCACCAACCAUGUCUACCGCCAACAAAAAAGAGGCUCGCGUCACCUUCCAGACCACAAAGGGCCACCGCCACCAAUCGAGCGACUCUAGCAUCUCCGUAAUCAGCUCAAGCCCUUCCGCCCAGGACUACUUCGACCUUGAGUUGAAGUACAAUAAGCUGCUGGACGAUAUGUCACGACUCAAGAGCGAAACCAAAGCUCGCUACGCCGCCCUCGAGAACAAUAUUGAAGUUCUCAAGAUCGACAAGAAAGCCUGGGAGCGCGAAAAGGAUAACUUGCGCACCGAAAACCAGGUUCUACGGGAGGAUCUCCGCAAGGCACAACGCCACAGCCCCUCUCGAGAGUCGACAAAGAUGUCGGGCGCACUUCCCAGCCAACCACCCUCUCCAAGAGAACACAAGGAGAGAGAGCACAGGGAGCCCAGAGAAUACAAGGAGCCCAGAGAACACAAGGAGCCCAAGGAGUCAAAGGCUUUGCGUCGCAGCGACUCCAAGCACCGCACCCGCGGUGAGAGCAAAGUCCGCAAGCCCACCGAGGACAAGGAGCUUGCGAAGCGCUGCCAGGAAGACAAGGUGCGCCUCGGCCGCCGCUUCGAGCACAAGGACGACAAGAGCACCUCCAGCGGAAGCUCGAGGGGCAGCAAGCAGGGCAGCUACAUUGAGCCCAUGGGUCCCAGCGCUCCUCGGCCCGCUUCCAUCGUGGAGCCGACCCGUCCCCGUACCAAGCGCUCCGAGUCUACGUCGUACGCCAUAAGACCUACCGUCCUUACGACCACAACUGUCACCGAUUCACCUUACGACCAGCACACUCCAGGCUACCCGGACCACGAGAGUCCUUUCAGCUAUGAAGGUAGUGCAUAUGGCCAUGGCCAUUCACCAUACGUUGAGGAUGGAAGUUAUUACGCACACCCUCUACCAGAGACCACCCGCGGGAGGUCGCGUCGGUAAAGCAUCCGACACAAACAAGCAAGAAGCAACCAAAAAAAUUGGCCAAGCCCUGUGUGACACACUCCCAGCGGGCAAGGGUGGUUUUUUUUUUCUUCGCUGCUGAAAAAUACGUUUACGAUACUCUGCAUUCAGCCACAGGAAAUUCUUCAUCCCUGGCAAACGCAGCCUCCAACCGAUAAGGCGGUGCGGGGAGGGAAGAGGCUUGAAAAGCGGCCUUUUCUGCACCUUUUCUCCAAGACGGGAUGGGCGCUCUGAGGCUACAGAUGGGACCCCCGCACCCGCACCGAGUCCGGGCGCAACGACUUACUUGAGAGUUGAGACGCCAGCCGGUUGACGCAAUUAGUCGGUUGACUCAUCCUCGAUGAC